AUGGGCAGCAAUCUUCGCCAGAGUAACAAUCUCAAACACAGAUCAACGAAAGGAGGCUCGGAUGCUCCUCUGUCCCAAAGACUCCCCGCAAACUCCUGGGACAGCCACAUACAUGUCGUAGAAGAACCCUCGCGCUAUCCUCUCUCCACCACCGCCAACUACCAGCCCAGCAAGCCGCACACCCUCUCCGAUGCCCUUGCCUUCACGAGGACCACAGGCAUACACAACGUCGUCCUCAUCCAGCCUUCCAUCUACGGCUACGACAAUUCCUGUCUACUCGACAGCCUCCGGCAAUUGGGGCCCAGGCGUGCUCGCGGCGUCGUAUGCUUCGACGCCGCCACCAUCGAUGAAGAGCCCGGCCACCGCGGCAGUGACAGCGUUCUGUCAACCUGGCACCAGCUCGGCGUCAGAGGAGUGAGGCUGAAUCUUGUCUCCGUUCCGCAAGAGCUGGACGCAGGGGAACUGGCGCGCAUGCUCCACGAGUAUGCGGAUCUCAUCCGCGACUACGGCUGGGUGCUGGAGCUUUAUAUACGCAUGGAGACUAUGCCGGACCUCGCGACCAUCGUGCCCUCCCUGGGCGUCAAGGUGUGUCUGGACCACAUUGCAAACCCGAAACUACCCCCGCGCUCCUCGUCGCCGUCAUCGCCGUCGUCGUCGCCAUUGAAUCCGUACGACCUGGUUGGCUUUCCCGCCCUCAUCUCCCUGCUGGAGAAGGGCAGCACUUACGUCAAGAUAUCCGGGCCGUACCGGCUCAGCGCUGACCCGCAAUUCCACGACGUGGGCGCGAUGGUGCGCGAGCUGAUGCGCGCUGGUCGGGAGCGGUUAGUCUUUGCGACGGAUUGGCCGCAUACCCGCUUUGAGGGCGUCGAUAUCGCCCCGUUUACUGAGGCCUGUCUGGGGUGGUGUGCGGAGGCGGGCCCGGACAUGGCGGAGAGGCUCUUUCGGCGUAAUGCGGAAGAAUUGUGGGAUGUUACUGCGCCAUCUGUACAGAGUAUGUGUUCUGGAGAUGCUUUAACUGCCCGCGCCGACCGCUAUGAACUACGAUGA